GUCAAAUCUGUCAACCGUGAAAUGUCAACCUACGUAAAUUUGGAACUUUGUAACAUUACAAUAAUUAAAAAAUAAUCAACGUUUUAAGUGUAGUUCUAUUACUACAAUAUUUUUUAUUAUCAUUUUUCGAAGUAUGGUUGGAUGGUUUGACUCAAAGCAAUAAUUAAUGGUUUAAAUGACUCAAAACAAACUAGUUGAGUCAGUUAUGGAUCUGCAUACAAAGCAGAGACAAUUUUCUGGACAACUAUACAAAUAUACCAAUGUCAUGAAGGGGUGGCAAUACAGAUAUUUUUUAGUAGAUGCAAAUGCGGGAUUGCUACAUUAUUACCUCUGCGAAGGGGAAAAACCGGACGGAACGGUGCCCAGAGGAUCAGUACAUCUCGCUGGAGCUGUGAUAUGUCCAAGUGAUGAAGAUUCGAAGACUUUUACAGUAAACUGUGCUUCAGGUGAUAUGUUGAAACUGAGAGCUUCUGAUGCUCGAGCUAGGCAGGAAUGGGUUAACGGUUUGAGGGCCGUUGCUGAAUCGCAUACCAAGGCAAUAAGUGCUAAUAGUCCGCCUUUACCUCCAAGAGAGCACCUUGCAGUACUGGAUGCAUUGGGAUGUGUAAGGUCGCAACUGCAACAAACUGAGCAAGCCGAUUCAGCUCUAUGCAGGUCCAUAGAGUCCGCUGGUAGCAAAUACUUCAUAGAUCCGAACAUGUUGAUGUUGAAAGCCACGUCUGCGGCGUCCUUGCACUGUCUCACGCAAUGCAUGAACAUUCUGCAGAGGAACCAGCACGCCCAGCAAGGAAGGACAGGGAAAAUGUAUCAGUUUAUGUUGAAUUUCCCCGGUAAGAAAGUUCGAAAAAUGAAAUUAAAAAAAUGGAAUAGUUUGUGACCGGUGUGUCACUGCAGCAGCUUCUAGAGUGAUAUUUCGGAAAGAAGAUUUAUGACAGACAUUUUUUUUUGUUGAUCCGUAACAUUUAUUGUACAUAGAUAUUGUAUAUACACUAUACACAAACGAAUUAUUGUG